AUUAUUUUGCCGCACUCUCUUUAUCUACGUCUGCAAUGGAGCAGCCUCUCCUUGCUUCUCCUCCUAACACCGUCCCCAACUCUCGACCCCCUCCGGCCAAGUCCUCCAAUCCUAACAUUCUCGUCGGCCUCACCAUAUUCCUUGUCGUCGCGGCCUUCUCUCUGUUGGCGAACUACGAGGCCGCCAAGGGCUUUCAGAUCGUCGUCGUCAAUGCCGCCUUGCACACCCACGCAGGCCGGCGCUUCGACCUUCUGUUCGUCUCCAACGACCGCGCCACCAGACUCGUCGUCGCCUCCAGCAAUCUCGUGCAGCGCAUCCUUUACCCGGACGAUUCGUUUCCCAGGAAGCCGGUGGACCGCGUGACACUUUACAUGGCCGGCGAAGACCUCGACAGCACGGUUGCAGUCCGCGGAGGACGCAGCGCGGGCGAGUUCGUCGUCCGGAUGAGCCCGGCCGUGAUGGAGGCUGCCGACGUCAAAGCGGCCGUGGCUGAGGCGGUGCAACGGGGCAUGGCGCGGGUCUGGCUAUGGGAUGGGCGAGGCGAGGCCCCGAGAUCGCUUCUUGACGCCAUGGCAGAGUACGUUGCCAUGUCCUCCGGCAUGGCAUCUCCUUCCAUCAGGCCCCGCAACACCAGCAUAUCACCGUUCAAUGCUUCGUGCUGGGAGGACGACGACCACGUACGCCUGGCGAGCUUCUUGAAUUACUGCGACGCGAAGCACCAUGGAUUUGUAGCGCGCUUGAACAGAGCCAUGCAGGAGGAGUGGACCGAAGACACGUUCAACGUCACAUUGGGCUCAUCAGUUCCACAAAUCUGCUCCUCCUAUCUCUCGGCAGAACAAAUAUCUAGAGUCUGUACAAGUGUCUUGAAGAAGAUAUGUCGCGACUAUGGCAUUGUAAGGUGGCCAUAUCGAAAGUAUCUUGCUGGGAAGACUGUAGAAGAUAUUAGAAGAGAUAUUGCUAAGGAGAGAAGUAAGGAGCUAGCUGAUUUAUCGAAGACUAACCAAAAGAAUGAUGUGUCCAAUGUGAUGUCAUCGCCAGUUGGUUCCUUAUCAGCUUUAACACCGAACCCUGCUCAAGAAUCUUCCAAAAUGCAGAGAGUUUCCAUGCCAGGGCAUGUUUCGCAACUGCAAGGAAGUAGGUUUACUCAAAACGGAUGGCCAAAUAUGCUCCAUCAAAACCAAUCAAAAAACAUCCCUACGUUCAUGGACGAAUUCAAAUAUGGUUUUCCAGAAAAUGGUCUAUCAUCAACUUCAUUCAAAUGGUGGGGAAUCAGCAGGCUAGAAGAAACCGAAAGGACCGUGCCAGGAGAAGGAGAAACUACGACCGAGAAGGAUGACAAUCAAGAGGUACAGGACUCAUCAAAUGAAGGCGAAGAACCUGAUUCUGGUGCAGAGGACAAUGUUAUCGUAACCAAGCCAUCUGCUUUGCUGUGCUCUCUGAGAAGAAAAUCUGUUGAAUAUGGGCGCGAGUCACUCAAGAGAGGGAUUUCGGUGGCCGGAAUACCCAACAAACUCACGAAGAGGCAGAAGCUAACAUUAUCCCAAGUAUUUGGGUCAUCUUUACCAGAGGAAUGGAAGGAAAACUUCUCGUGAUCCUUCUUCACUGAGUAAUUUAAUUUCCAUGACCAAAUGACAGGAGUCUGUUUUCCAAAGUACCUCGACUAGGCAUCGGAAAGACGAUACUUUAUAUCAAACUCGAUCGUUUUCUAAUCCUAACUGCAGUUUCCUUGUCACAACCUCGAGUGUUUUUUGCCUGUCAUCUUCUUGUACAUCCUAGUUUGUCUUCCUUCUUGGUGAGAAGGUUAUCA